CUACUUUUAAUAUAUAUAUAUAUACAUCCCUCUACAUUAGCCUUUCAUUAUCACCAAGAAUUGUCUAAAACUAAAACUCUAAAGCUCAGUGCAAGUCUCUGUAAACAAGAAGCAAAUCCAAUGGCGCUCAGUCUUUUCGGUGGCCGAAGAAGCAACGUGUUCGACCCUUUCUCACUGGACAUCUGGGACCCAUUUGAGGGCUUCAGUGCUGUAGCCAGCGUUCCUCCCUCAGCUCGUGAAACCACAGCUUUUGCUACAGCACGCAUUGAUUGGAAGGAAACCCCGGAGGCACACAUUUUCAAGGCUGAUCUUCCGGGUCUGAAGAAGGAGGAAGUGAAAGUUGAGGUUGAGGAUGGUAAUGUAUUGCAAAUAAGUGGGGAGAGGAGCAAAGAGCACGAGGAAAAGAAUGAGAAGUGGCACAGGGUUGAGAGGAGCUCUGGCAAGUUUAUGAGGAGGUUUAGGUUGCCAGAGAAUGCGAAGGUGGAUCAGGUGAAGGCUAAUAUGGAGAAUGGAGUGCUCACAGUGAUGGUGCCUAAGGAAGAGCAGAAGAAGCCUGCGGUCAAGGCCAUCGAGAUCUCUGGCUAAAUUUCAAGCUGUUUAAUUGUGGUGCUCUUUUGUGUUCUAUCUUUGUUAUGUU